AUGUUAACCAAAAAGCUCUAUAGAACGCGUUCCACUUCAACCAGCUCUGCUGUUAGGGGCAGUCAACUAUUUAUGAAUGAAAAAUUCACAGGCUCGAAGCUAACAACAAAUUUCAGUCGAGAAAGUCUUCCAGUUUUACUUUCUUCAGAAGAACAAGAUAAUGUUCUUAAAAUCAAACCACUGUUUAGAGCUCUUCUUGAAAGUAUCUCUGUUUUUAUUUCCCAUAAUUGUUCGACACCCCAAAUUAGAAGUCAAAUGGAGAAAGGCUUAACAAAUGUUGAUCGGUAUUUUGUUCCAUUUUACAACCAACUUAACAAAAAUGGCGGAUCUGCAAUAUGCUUUUCAAAAUUGCCAGCUCAAACAAAUUUGACGCUAGUUAUUAAGAAUUCAGCACUGCCAUUCAUGAAACACUGGACUAAAUUCACCGACUCAAUCAAAGAUAUUGAGCUAAAUGGUAUAAAAUACAUUCAAGAUUCAAUUGACAAAAAUUUCAACUCAAUUUUAAGCAAUUUGGACAAUAUAAUGAAAUACGAAUCAUAUAAUGCAGGAAUUCAUGACCCGGUAAUGAAGUAUAUCAAGAAAUUUCAGCAACAAAUUUGGAUGUUUCAGUCAUUAAUCGGCAAAUUCUUUUUGAUGAAUAGAAAUCAAAGAAACAGAGCUCAAGAAAAGAUUGUCCAAGACAUGAAAACGUUUUCCAGAGAAAUUUCUACGGCAUAUUCAACUGAAUUUGAAAAAUAUGUCAAAGGACAAGAAAACGAGAAGCUAAAGAACAGUUCUUACAAUGCUGUUUGUGAUAUCAUAUCCGAAAUAAGAGCAGUUAUUCUAUAUGAUGAAGAUCUUUCAAAGAUUGAGCAAAACUUGGUUCCAUUGAAUCCUAUUUUCCAAACAAUUGCAGAGAAUCUCAAUAUUGCUAAGACAGAAGAAGAAAUCAUGAAAAUAGAAGAAGAAAAAUCAAAAGAAAUUCAAAAUGAAAAAAGUAACGAAAAACUAAAAAGUGACAAAGUGGAAGUUUACUUUGACAAAGAAUUAAACAUCAGAGAAUUGAUAAACAGAGGUAUGAUAGCCUUCAAACGUCCGAAGUUGACUUCAGAUCGUAAAAGAAUUUUUUGA